AUGAAGAAGUUCCGCAAGGUUCUAGACGGCUUGACAACCACGUCGUCCAACCCCGGGAGCCACGGCGGGUCGCCGUCCUGUGGCAGCGCUGCCGGGACCCCGACUGCAACACCCACCCCGCGCGAGAUAGACAUCCCGGAGACGCUCGUGUCAGAAAACUUCCAGAUUUGUAAGACGGUGCGCCAUGGCUUCCCGUAUCAGCCCACCGCAAUGGCCUUUGAUCCCGUCCAGAAGAUUCUGGCCAUCGGAUCCAGAGGAGGAGGAAUACGCAUUCUGGGACAGCCAGGUGUGGACAGCUUCUGCCAACACGAGAGUGGAGCGGCCGUCCUACAACUACAGUUCCUCAUCAACGAGGGGGCGCUGGUGAGUGCGUGUGCAGAUGACACUCUGCACCUCUGGAACCUCCGACAGAGGCGGCCCGCCAUCCUGCACUCACUGAAGUUCAACAGGGAGAGGAUUACUUUCUGCCACCUGCCGUUCCAGAGUAAGUGGCUGUACGUGGGUACUGAGCGUGGUAACACUCACAUCGUCAACAUCGAGUCCUUCGUCCUCUCCGGAUAUGUCAUCAUGUGGAACAAGGCCAUAGAACUAUCGACCAAAACACACCCGGGACCUGUGGUGCACCUGAGUGACAGCCCCAAGGAUGAGGGAAAGUUGCUGAUUGGCUUUGAGAGUGGCACCAUCGUCAUGUGGGACCUCAGGGUGAAGAAGGUAGACUUCAGGAUCUACUACGAUGAGGCGGUCCACAGUGUGAGUUGGCACCAUGAGGGUCGUCAGUUCAUGUGUUCCCACUCAGACGGCAGCCUGAGCAUGUGGAACCUGCGCAACACAGCCAAGCCCUUCCAGGUCACCUACCCCCACGGUAAGACCCAGAGGGAUGGUAGAAAGGAGUCGUGUAAGCCCAUCUUGAAGGUCGAGUACAAGACCUGCAGAAACAGCAGUGAGCCAUUUGUGAUCUUCUCUGGUGGGUUGUCCUACGACCAGGCAGGACGGAGACCCACCCUGACCAUCAUGCAUGGCAAAGCUAUCACAGUACUGGAAAUGGACCACCCUAUAGUAGAUUUCAUGGUACUCUGCGAUACACCCUACAUCAAUGAUACACAAGAGCCUUAUGCAGUCGUCGUUCUACUGGAGAAGGAUUUCAUUGUGGUAGACCUCACGCAGAGCAAUUUCCCCAUCUUUGAGAACCCCUAUCCUAUGGAUAUCCAUGAGUCUCCGGUGACGUGUACGGCAUAUUUUGCAGACUGCCCACCGGACCUCAUCCCCGCCCUCUACUCUAUAGGAGCGAAAAACAAGAAGACUGGAUACAGCCAUAAGGACUGGCCUUUGAGUGGUGGAACAUGGACAGUUGGCUCUCAAUCCUAUCCGGAGAUCAUCAUCACUGGCCAUGCCGAUGGAACUCUUAAGUUUUGGGAUGCCACAACCAUGACGCUGCAGAUGUUGUAUAAGGUGAAGACUUGGAAGGUGUUUGAGAAGCCUCGUGGCGUGUCCCUGGGGGAGGGGCCUAAUAAAGGGGUGGAGCUUGAUGAUGACCCGUACGCCAUCCAGAUGAUCAACUGGUGCCCACACAGCCGCCUGCUCUGUGUAGUGGGCAUCUCUGCCAACCUCAUCCUCUUCAGAUUCAGCAGGCACGAAGCCAACACCAACAUCACCGCUUUGGAGGUGCGUCUCCACUGUGACGCAGAGGAUGUGAUAUCGCUAUCGGAUACAGAGAACCAAUCAGCUUGCCCGUCUGAGAACAGAGGCCCCUCCCCUUCUCCACAGGCUCCGCCCAGCCCUCGAUCCACCACGCCAGAGAGCACCAUGGCCUGUCUAAAGGUUAAGGAGCGGGUAGUGCGUAUGCCUCCUGGCUUCCAGGCAGAGCUGGUGGUGCAGCUGCAGUGGGUGGACGGAGAACCUCCUCAACCAAUAACAAGCCUCGAUAUUAACUCCGCAUAUGGCCUUGUGGCUCUAGGUAACACUAAUGGCUUGGCUUUAGUGGACUAUAUCCAGAAGACGGUGUUGCUCUGUAUGAGUACUCUGGAGCUGUACGGCCCCGCUGACCCCUUCCAGAGGCUAACGCGAUCACCGCGCAGGAACAGGCAGUCCACAUCAGACCUGUGCAUGCGAGGUCUGUCUAGCUUUUAUUCCGACUCAAAGAAACGGAUCCGCACGUCCUACCAGAGCCUUACGGAACUCUCCGAUAAUCAGGUGUCUGCAGACAUGGAACGCAGCAAGUCUCCAACCUCAGUCCCCUACCCUGCGUUUGUGUCUGGUGAUGCACGUGUGCAGGGGGAGGGCUUGAGGCCCGCACACUGCAGCCCUGUCUUUUACCUCCUCGACAACGUCAGGGGGCCGGGCAGAAAGCUCAGUCUGCCCACAGACCUAAAACCAGAACUGGAUCAUGUGAAUGGCCACUGUCCCGGCGGUGCUGGCGCUCCGCCCCCUGGUGUUGGGGGUGUGGGGGGGCGAGCGCGGGCCCCCGGGGGUCCCCUGGGGGGCGAGGGGCCACGGCUGGGCCGCAGGGGCCCCGGGAGGCCCCCCUUCCGCAAGGCCCAGUCCGCCGCAUGCAUGGAGAUCUCCCUGCCUGUCUCCACGCACACAGAAGGCUAUGCAUCUCGGCGGGCGAUGCUUCAACAGUUGCAUGGAGUCAGUAUGUACUCCCAUGACGAACACCACACUUCCUCCUACAACUGGGGCGAAAGAGAGAGCAGGGAGAACUCCUUCAGCCGUUCUCGGAGUUCGAGCGUGUGCAGUAUCGACCGGGAGACGCGCGAGGCGGUGAGCGCGUUGCACUUUGCCGAGUCGUUCGGCCGCAAGGGGGAUGCCAUGCCCACGCCCUGCCUCUGGGUAGGCACCAGCCUGGGCCUCGUAAUGCUCAUACCCCUCUCAGUGCCCACCGACGACCAGGAGAGAUUAGAAGAUCCCGUAGGAGUGGCACCCACAGGUACGGUGUUGAUGCUAAAGGGCUCAGUGCUGCGUUUUGGCAUCCUGGACUGUGGGGGCGCUGUGGUUCCGGCUCCGUAUGAGAUGUGGCGCGACACCAACUCAGGUGACGACCCCGAUAGGCCGCGGCGACGCAAACUGAUCAACUUCUCGCCCAGCUCGUCGCAGGAGAACACGCACGACGCUCAGCUGGCAGUGGUGGUCAGCGAGAGACAAGCGCGAGUCUUCCUCAUGCCAUCACAGGCGUGCCUGUAUGUCCACAACAUAACGGAGGCCUCGUUUGUGCUGCGUGCCGAUAUCGUGUCCGUCUCCUCCAGUGUCUGCCUCGCCUGCUUCUGUGCCAAUGGACACGUUAUGACGUUAAGUCUGCCUAGCCUGCGUCCUCUGCUGGAUGUGAACUAUCUGCCAUGCACGGACAUGCGAAUCGCUCGGACCUUCUGCUUCACCCAUGGUGGCCAAGCGCUCUACCUGAACUCCCCCACCGAGAUACAGCGCAUCACAUACACACAGGAGAUGUGUGAUAACCUGCAGGAGAUGUUGGGCGAGCUCUUUGUGCCCAUCGAGAACCCUGAGGUCCAGAAUAGGGGCUUCCUGAAGGGAUUCUUCGGGAGCACCGCCCAGACUUUCGACAGAGAAGAGCUGUUUGGUGAGGCAGCAGCCGGUAAGGCCUCGGCCAGCCUGGCCCGCCACAUCCCGGGGCAGAAUAUGGAGGGCAUGAAGGCUGCGGCGGGGGGAGUGGUGGGGGACCUGGCGAGGGCGCGCAUCGCUCUGGACGAGAGAGGACAACGCCUGGGAGAGCUGGAGGAUCGCACGGCACUACUCAUGACCAGCGCUGAGUCCUUCUCCAAGAACGCACACGCGCUGAUGCUGAAGUGUAAGGAUAAGAAGUGGUACCAGUGGUAGAGAGAGGGCUGCGUGGCGAUGGAGUGCUAUCCCCCCUCCUACCAGACGGGGGAGCUGUGACUGUGACUCUGGAAGUUCUGGCCUUCAAUCUUCUCAGUGAUGACAUAGGCAUUCAGUAUACAUGUGUAUAUGUGUAUGCUUGAUGAGACAUGGUUAUAGGCAU